GGCUGCUCCCUCCCCGUGGGGCGCAGGGAGGCGAGCCCGCCCGCCCGGGAUGCCAUGGCUCCGCCGGGCUCCGCGCUGCCCGCCUGCCUGCUGGGGCUGCUGCUGCUUGUCUGCCGCGGAGAUUUUGGCCGUUCCUCUGAACUGGCGUUCGUUGUGGAGCCUAGUGAUGACAUAGCUGUGCAGGAGCAACCCUUGAUCCUCUACUGCCAGGUGGAGGGCAUCCAGCCCAUCACCAUCACGUGGCGGAAGAAUGGCGUGAUGAUCGUGGACAGUGAGAACGCCUUUAUGUUGGCCAACGGGUCUCUCUACGUCUCCCGCUUCCAGAGGCUGCGGGGAGAUGGCUCCUCAGAUGAAGGCGAGUAUGACUGCAUGGCACAGAACCACUACGGGCUGCUGGUGAGCCGCAAGGCAAAGAUUCAGGCAGCAACAAUGUCUGACUUCCACAUCCACCCUCAGAAUGCAGUGGUGGAGGAAGGUGGUGUUGCAAGAUUCCAGUGCCAGAUCCAUGGCUUGCCUGAGCCAGUCAUCCUAUGGCAUAAGAACAGCAUGCCAGUCAACACAGACAAUGAAAGGUACACGCUGCUCCCCAAGGGGGUUCUCCAGAUAACGGGGCUAAGAGCAGAAGACAGUGGGAUAUUUCACUGCGUUGCCACCAACAUUGCUAACGUGAAGUUCAGCCGGGAGGCCCGGCUCACCGUGUCAGGCUCCCACUCCACCGUGUACAAGGACCCCAUGAUCCUGGUGGGCCCGGAGAACCUGACGCUGACCGUGCACCAGACGGCGGUGCUGGAGUGCAUCGCCACCGGCAACCCCCGGCCCAUCGUCUCCUGGAGCCGCCUGGAUGGGCGCCCGAUUGGCGUGGAGGGGAUCCAGGUGCUGGGCACAGGAAACCUCAUGAUCUCGGACCUCACGGUGCAGCACUCUGGCAUCUACGUGUGCGCCGCCAACAAACCCGGCACGCGCGUGCGCCGCACGGCGCAGGGCAGCCUCGUCGUGCAAGCCCCAGCAGAGUUUGUGCAGCAUCCCCAGUCCAUUUCCAGACCCGUGGGGACUACUGCCAUCUUCACAUGCGUGGCCCAAGGGGAACCCCCUCCCCAGAUCACGUGGCUGAGGAACGGGCAGAUCCUGGAGACGAGCGACCACAUCAAGCUGAAGAACAACAACAGCACUCUCUCCAUCUAUGGGAUCAACCAGGCGGAUGAAGCCAUCUACCAGUGCCUGGCCGAGAACAGCGCGGGCUCCACGCAGGCCAGCGCCCGCCUCACCGUGCUGUGGGCUGAUGGGCUGCCCAGCCCUCCUCAGAGCGUGAGGGCAGAGACUGUCUCUGCAACCACCAUCCAGGUGUCCUGGGAAAAGCCCCUGCAGAACACCAAGGAGAUCAUUGGCUACGUGCUGCACAUCCGGAAAGCUGCAGACCCCGUAGAGAUGGAGUACCAGGAGGCUGUUAGCAAGAGCACCUUCCAGCAGCUAGUGACUGAUCUGGAGCCCUCGACCAGCUACAGCUUUUACAUAAAGGCUUACACCUCGCGGGGUGCCAGCAAAGCCUCAGAAGUGACGGUGGUGAGCACGCUGGGGGAAGUCCCAGCCAUGCCAUCCCUCUUUAUUAAAGUCAUUAACAGCACCACCGUGCAGGCAACGUGGGAGCCCUCCAUCAAACUGGGCCAGCACGAAGGCUUCAAGCUGUAUUACCGCAAAGUCCACCUCUCCCAGUACACAGGUCCAGUGCUCCUGGCCAGCAACAUCACAGCCUACAACAUUACCCACCUGGAUGCAUCGGUGGUGUAUGAAGUCAAGCUCCUCGCCUACAAUCAGCACGGGGACGGAAAUUCCACUGUCCGCUUCGUGUCCCUGAGGGAAACUGUGGAGAGGACAGUGCUGAAUCCUCCCUGUGACUGCAUGAAGGACGAGCAGAACAAUAAAACCUCCACGACCGGCAUCAUCAUUGGGAUCCACAUCGGCGUCACGUGCAUCAUAUUCUGCAUCCUCUUCCUUAUGUUUGGGUACCGAGGAAGGCUGCUGAUGUGCAAAAAUGUGCAGGAGCAGCUGUCAACCCCUCAGAUCCCCCGGAGCCAGCGCACUGCCACGGGCCUUGUCCUGAAUGGGGCCACUCGGAGAGACAGGGAUGACCGGGACUUGAACGGAAAGCAGCUGGACAUGAAUGAGCUGGAGAGGUUAUUCCCAGCAUCCCCACCCCAGGAGCAGCAGGAGAAGGGAAUAACGUCGGCUCACAGCCUGUCAGCCCCCCACGAUGAAACCCAGAUCUCCACACUCCCUCUGGAUGAGUUCAGCAUCAUUGAGGAGCAGCCAGACCCCCUCCCACAAAACCCCCAUGCCAGCAGUCCUGCUGCUCCAGCUCCCAACCACGGCUCUGCCAAUGAAGGAUAAAACUGCCAAGACUCAAAGCCUCUUGUAGGAGUUACCAGAAACCAAACCCACGGCUGGUGAUGUCUUUACGAGUUGUCAAUCUCAGGUCAAUUGAAGAUUUCUAUGGUCUGAUUGUUAUUUUUUUGUUUUGCUUUAUUUUUAUAUAUAUAUAUAAAUAUAUAUAUAUAUAUAUAUGUAUACAGCCUUUUGGAAACUCUGUGAAGUUUAUCUUUCUGACCUCUCUUGAGCCUCUCAAUGUGUUUCUUCCAAUGAUGGCUGUCUGGAGACUGGUCACGAUGGAUUUUUCCCACAGCUGCUAUGUAACAGACUCCUUGGCAGAGUUUGGCAAACUCUCCAGUCUCUGACAGACUGGGGAUACAGUGGAGCCCCCAUCUCUUGGCAUCCCAGACUUUUUCCUGAUCAGCAGCUUUAGGACUACUUUUUGGAUCUAUUUUUUAUUUCCAGAAGACUGGAUUUGGAAAAAUCCUUCUAACUUGACUCCAAAAAUUGAGCCUAGGAAGGCUGUCUCUCCGUGGAUUUGAUGAUUUUGUACACUUUUGCUAUUUCUCAGGAUAAUUUUUUGAUGAUUGACUCUAAAUAAUAUGAAAAAAAAGGAAAAAAAAAAAAAGAGUGUGUGUGUGUCAAAGGAUGCCUGAGGGCUACUGAAAGACUUGGACAGACAACCCGAGUGAACUCAGAACCUACCUCAACCGGAAUGAAUGUCUUCUGGGAAGCAGAAAUACCUUCGUCUUCCUUCGUGUUCAAACAAACAAGUAGCAUAGCACUUGGUCAGUACAAGCAUGGUCCUACCUCAGCAGUCACGCUCUGUACCCGCCACCUUGGUGGCUUCCUUGUUGUCGUUCCCAUGUAAAGCACUUCCAAACCUUUGAAAGCAAUGUUCUACCUCAAGUGUGAGAGAAACUCGUGUGGUGUGUGUGUGUGUGUGUGUGUGUGUGU